AUGGGGGCCAUCGAGCCUGUGGAUCCCCGGGCUUGCCCCCGGGGUUUUUACUCAACUUAUUUUCUGGUUCCGAAGAAGACCGGCGGUUUUCGGCCGGUUCUGGAUUUGCGGGGCCUCAAUCGGUACCUGAAGGUACUUCCGUUCCGCAUGUUGACCGUCGCGGAUGUAUUGCGGGUGGUCGCCCGGGGGGAGUGGUUCACCUCCGUGGACCUGAAGGACGCCUACUUUCAUGUGCCGGUCGCUCCUCGCCACAGGCGGUUCCUCCGCUUCGCCUACAGGGGUCGCCACUGGCAGUUCAGGGUGCUCCCCUUCGGGCCCUCCCUUUCCCCGAGGGUGUUCACCCGUGUUGUGCGGGCUGGUCUGGCUCCCCUCCAGUCGGUGGGCAGGAAGAUUCUGCCCUACCUCGACGACUGGCUGCUGUGUGCGCUGUCGCGCGCUCAGGCGUACGGCGAUACGGCAGUCCUUCUUGCCCACGUGGAUCGCUUGGGCAUCAGGGUGAAGUCGUGUCUGGUUCCUUCCCAGCAGGCGACCUUCCUCGGGGUGUCUCUGGACUCGGUGGCCAUGUUGGCUCGACCGUCGUCCCGUCGGGUGGAGGCCGCUCUUCGCCUCCUCUCGCAUUUUUCGGUGGGUCAGGUACGUCCGUAUCUGACCUUUCUGCGUCUUUUGGGCGUGCUGACGUCCCUGACCGCGGUCGUGCCCCUUGGUCUUCUCUUCUUGCGCCCCCUGCAGCGGUGGCUGAAUGGCUUUCGCCUGGACGCCAGGCGGCACCGGCGACGGUUACUGAGAGUCUCCGGCCGGUGCGCGGUGGCCUUGGCGCCGUGGAGGAACGGGGCUUUCUUGUUGGAGGGCGUUCCAUUGGGGGUUGCCCCAGUCCGUCGCGAGGUGGUCACUACGGACGCCAGUCGCUUGGGAUGGGGUGCCGUCUGGCAGCGCAGGGCUGCUCGGGGUAGCUGGUCUCUGCGGGACCACGCUGUCCACAUCAACGUCCUGGAGCUGCGUGCGGUUCACCUGGCUCUCCGGCACUUUUACCCUUUCCUACGGGGAAGGCACGUGCUGGUGCGUUCAGACAAUGCUGCCGCCGUGUACCACAUCAACCACCAGGGGGGCACGAGGUCCGCUCAUCUCUUGGAGGCCUCCCGCCGUCUUCUUGUGUGGGCGGCCCCUCGUCUUGCGAGUCUGCGGGCCGCCUAUCUUCCCGGCCAGUUGAACCGUCUGGCGGACUCCUUGUCCCGCCGUCGCCUCCCGCCGGGGGAGUGGCGCCUCCAUCCCGAGGUGGUGCGCGCGAUUUGGGGAGUUUUCGGCCAAGCCGAGGUGGACCUCUUCGCCUCCCGGGAGUCGGCCCAUUGCCCUCUCUGGUUUUCCCUGGGGGAGCGCUCCAGCCCUCUCGGUCAGGACGCGCUGGCCCACCCCUGGCCGAGGGUCCUGCUCUACGCCUUCCCGCCGCUCCCUCUGAUCUGGCUGACGCUUCGGAGGGUGUCUUUGGAGGGGCACUCAUUGCUGCUGGUGGCCCCCUUCUGGCCGGCUCGCCUAUGGUUUCCCCUGCUGCGCAGCCUGUGUGUCGGCGAGCCUUGGUGCCUCCCCGAGAGGCGGGAUCUACUGUCCCAGUUGGGGGGCCAGUUAUGGCAUCCCGAUCCUGGCCGUCUCCGCCUGCACGUCUGGCCGCUGAGGGGACCGACUCGCUGUUUGACGCCUGCUCGAUCCCUCCUUGAUAUUGGUCGCUCUCCGUCCACCCUCAAGGUCUACGUCGCUGCCAUCUCUGCUCAUCACGCCAAGGUCUCUGGUGGAUCUGUGGGGAACCACGGCCUGGUCGCUACAUUCCUCAAGGGGGCUCUGAGGCUCCACCCCCGCAGGUGUCCUCGCGCCCCGGUCUGGGAUCUGCAGCUGGUGCUUGACAGCUUGUGCCGCCCCCCCUUCGAGCCUAUGGAUGCGGCCAGGCCUCAGUGGGUCGCCCGCAAGGCGGCGUUCCUGCUGGCCGUUGCCUCUGCUAAGCGGGUUGGCGAACUGCACGCACUCUCGGUUAGCCCGUCGUGCAUGUUUUGGCACCCCGAGGGUUCAGUUGUCACACUGUGGCCUAACGUUGCGUUUAUGCCCAAGGUGUUGGCUGACUCCCGUUGCAAUCGUCCCUUACGCCUUGCUCGUUACCGCCCCCCACCUGGGGAGGGUGGGAGCAGACCGGAGCUGUUGUGCCCGGUGAGGGCCCUGAGGCUUUAUGUGGACUCCACGGCAAGUUUUCGUAGGUCGUCCCAACUUUUUGUCUGCUACGGGGCACGUGGUCGGGGCUCUGCCCUCUCCAAGCAGCGCCUCUCUCAUUGGGUCGUUGAUACUAUUUCUUACUCCUAUCAGAUGGCUUGUCGCCCCCUGCCGUCGGGUGUGCGCUGUCACUCUACCAGGGGCGUGGCCACAUCCUGGGCUGCCCUGAAAGGGGUGCCUCUGGAGGACAUCUGUGCCGCCGCCUCAUGGUCGGCGCCUGGCACCUUCUUCAGGUUCUACUGUUUGGACGUCACCUCUCCCCACCCGCUGGGUGCGGUCUUCGGAUCGGAGGGGACUUCCCUGUGA